AUGUCCGCGCCGACACCACAAAACACGCCGCUGGACAAUGUUCCGCUCAGUCGUGAGCCGCUUUCGCGGCCCACGGUGAACACGAUCGGCGAGGAGGAUGAAGACGAUGCGACCACGGGCCUCAACUUCCCUAAUGCAGCUCUUACUGGUCUUAUCCAGGAUAGGUUGAACACACUCGUGGGCCGAUCGUCUGGCUACAUUGAGUCACUUCCCGAGCCGGUUCGCCGCCGCGUCGAGGGCCUCAAAGGCCUCAAUGUUGAGCACCAAAAAAUUGAGGCUGAGUUCCAGCGCGAGAUUCUUGCGCUUGAGAAGAAGUUUGCUUCGAAAUACGCACCUCUCUAUGACCGCCGCAAAGAAAUUAUUACCGGCAAGAUUGAGCCUACUGCCGCUGAGGUCGAGGAGGGCGAGCACGUCGACGAGGAUGAGGAUGAGGACGAAGAUGAGGACGAAGAUGAGGAGGGGGACAAGAAACGCUCACUCGCGAAUAUCUCGAUCCCUGUCGACUCGCCCAAAGGCAUCCCCGAGUUUUGGCUCACCGCACUCAAGAACCACGUGGCGCUGUCGGAGCUGAUCAGCGAGCGCGAUGAAGAGGCACUGCGUCACUUGAUCGAUAUUCGUCUGCGCUACCUGGACGAGGAGAACAAGGCAGAGCCAGGAAGCGCAUCGCAAGGCUUUUCGCUCGACUUUGUGUUUGACGCGGCGCAGAACCCCAACUUUUCCAACCCAGUACUGACCAAAACCUACUUUUACUCCGAUCAGGUAGGCUUCUCUGGCGAUCUCGUCUACGACCAUGCCGAAGGCACCGAAAUUAACUGGAAGUCUCCGGAUACGAAUCUCGCGCACCGUGUCGAGACCAAGAAGCAGCGCAACAAAAACACCAACGAGACGCGGACGGUGAAACGAUUAGUUCCCACCGAGUCUUUCUUCAACUUUUUCACUCCCCCGCGCCCACCGAACCCAGAUGCGGACGAGGAAGACGAAGAGAUGGACGCACUCGAGGAGCGUCUCGAGCUCGACUACCAGAUCGGCGAAGAUCUCAAGGACCGCAUCCUACCGCACGCUGUCGACUUUUUCACCGGCAAGGCGCUGCGCUUCGAGAACCCUGAAGCGUUCGACGAGGAGUUCGAUGAGGACUUUGAAGACGACGAGGACGACGACGAGGAUGUGGACGAGGAUGCGCCUCGCACGCGCAGCAACCGUGCUCAGGACCCGCAAGAAUGCAAGCAGCAAUAA